AGGGCCAGGGUGUUAGGACGCAUAUUGAGGUUAAGACUGGGUUCAGAUGGUUCAGGGUUGAGAUCUGCGACAUAUCUUGUUGAUUCAAACCUUCCAAUACCAGCCCGGUUUCACUGACUAAACAGUAUCAUUGACAGCCAGUAGGACAGCAGCCAAGGGUGUACGCAAGAGCUUGGGUGCAUGUGAGUAAAACAUGAAACAUGAGCCGGGGAGGGUUGAGCAAGUAAAGACUGGUGGGAGUUUCGGCUGAAGGUUUCGAGAGGGUCCAGAACGUCUUUGGAACCACAUGCAGACACAUACAAGCAAACCUGGAGACACUUUCCCAGCCUCUUUUACACACAGAAGAAGGUAGACAUACAGACAGUAAGAUAGACAGAUAGCUAGUUUGAUCUGUAAAUCAGAUCCACAGGUAAACAUAAAGGCGUAAAGGAGUCAAGUACAGUGAAACAGUUUAAUAAGUAUAUUAGACAAGCUAGUAAAGACUUGACUUACUGGAUUUACCUUCCACCCCUCUGCUCAUGAAGAUGGCUCCGAGAUGGACCCUCAUCUGUGCUGGACUCUGGAUGCUCCUGGCUCCAGGAAGAGGCCAGUUUCCUAAGGAAGAUCAGCAGCGCAUUGUGAAUUUGCACAACCAUCACCGGUCCACUGUUGAACCACCGGCUGCUGACAUGAUCCACAUGAAAUGGUCUGGAGAACUUGCUCUGAUUGCAAAAGAGUAUGCCACCAAAUGCAUAUGGGAACACAACCCUGAUUCACAGAACAUAAUGGGGGAGAACCUCUUCAUCACCACUGGACCUCUAGACAUAGAAAAAGCCCUGAGUGACUGGUUUAUGGAACAUAAGCACUAUUCAUAUGAUAACAACACCUGUGCUGAAAAUGAGAUGUGUGGACACUACACACAGAUGGUUUGGGCGAAAACUAAAGAAGUGGGUUGUGGAUCACACCUCUGUGAGACUGUUGAAACCCUGGAUUUUAAGGAUGCCACUUUAUUGGUCUGCAACUAUCUCCCUCUCGGCAAUUAUAUGGGACACAAACCGUAUCAAGUGGGAGAACAGUGUUCCAAAUGUCCAGACGACCUCAAGAACUGCGUGGACCAGGCCUGUGAUAGUACAGAUCAUGAUGAACUUUCAACAGUGAAUCCUACAGAGCUGUGGGAGCCGGAUAUUCCGAACAACAUGCCUGCUGAGUCAGACGUUUUUUCAGAUCCUGAUGAACUUCCAACAGUGAGUCCUACAGAGCAGUGGAUGACAGUUAUUCCAUACAACAUGCCUGCUGAGUCAGAUGUUGUUCAAAACCGUUUUUCCGAUCGUGAUGAACUUCCAUCAAUGAUGCCUACAGAGUGGAUGACGGAACUGUACUACACUGAAAUGUACUACACUGAGUCUUCAUCUGGAAGGCCCUCUGCAUCAUCGCUAAUACUCGUUGGAUUGUUGGCUUCUCUUUUAUUGCUGUAAUCUCAGUUAUUUUUAUGGCAGAUAUCGAACAGCUGGAUCUCCAUCUCAUUUUCUAGGAUCAGUGGACUAUUUAUGAGAACUAGCCUGUCCUGGUGGAUGAGGUGAUACAUUUCAUGUCAUCAAUAAUGUUAUAUGGUUAUAGGUUAUACAGGAUGGAAUCUUAGCUGUGCUAAAACAUGUCUUAACAGAUCACUCCAUACCAGAGUCAUCAGAUGUCCAGUCCCUGUAGAGGUUAAACAUUUGGAUAUUUUCAUUGUUAUUGCAAUUUAAGCUUUUACGGUAAAUACAUAGAAAGAGCUGCAGUAAUAUUGAUGCAGCAUUAAGCUAAAACUGCAUUAAAGUGCAAAACUAAAGCAAAAGCAUGUCAACCAUGUCCAGAAAUGAAGUCAACUUCUCAGGGCUCAGAGGCAUCUGGGAGGAAUCAUCAUACCAUCACACAAUUGAAAUGUUAAUUUGUUUUUUUGUUUUUUUUGGGAUAAAUUUAGACCAUAAACAAAAAUGACUACCCAGGGCCCUAUCGUACACCCUGCGCAAGGAUGCGUUGUGAAGGGCUUUGCUAUUUUACACCCGUCAAGAGUCUAUUUUCUUAUGUCUUAAACACAUACACACAUGCACACAUGCGCUGCAGAGUGCAAACCUGAUUUUUACCAGAAUAAAGAAUAAAAUAACAUUACUGUUCCAUUAAAUGAGCUGCUGGCAUACCUUCACAUCGUGAACACGCAGGUCAUUAAACUCUGCUGAGACGCUGUUAAGAUAUGAACGUGCCAAAGUCAGAGCGCACCUGCCUCUUAAAGGGAAUGGCGAGUGACACACUGAUUAGUUUAUUUCACUUUAAGCCCAAAACACACCCAUUAUUAAUUAUGAGAAUUACUUUAAGAAGCACAUCACAUAUUUUUGUGCCCUCACGAUACCAAAGACGCACAGACCUGCCCUAUUAGCAACGACCCUAUUUUAGUGCCAUAGAUCUAACAUAAUAAAAUGGUGCCCCCACACUGUUAUAAGGCACAAGUUUAAAAGCCAGGGUCUGUCAUGGUAAGGGGUUGUGACAAAGCAAUUCUGAGAUUCAACAAGACAAUGCAAAAAUCAUACGCUGCACACAUUACAUACAUAACUAGAUGUAUUUUUCAUGCUACCUUUCCAUUGAAUGUAUAUUAUAAUAUGACCCAACAACAUUUUUUGGUUCUUAGAAUAUUCUGGGAAGGUUAGAUCCUGAAAUAUUCUGGAAAUGUUGGCUCUCCAGGAAAAACUUCAUUUAAAUAGAAAUAAAUAGAUUGAUACCAUUUGGAUCUGAAACAUUAACCUUAAAAAAACUUUAUUGAACCUUGAAUGCUUCAGUAUGUUUCUGUAUGAUUUUUCUACCAUUAUUGGAAUAUUAGUUUAUGCACAUGAGAAAUAAAACCUGAAGGCAACCUUAAACAGUUCUGAAGGUUCUUCUAAAACAAUAAGAGAAUGUUAGACCUUUUAGUUUCCAAAAUGUCCUGGUAACUGCACUGAGCUUUUUAAAUGACAACAGAAUGUUGCCAGUACAGUUUGGAUUGUUUUUUCAAAAAGCAACCAUAGAGGAACCAAAAUACGCUAAUACGUUAAAUGAUGUUAUGUAAUAACAAAAGUUUGGGAGAAGGACCACGCCCGAACUCCACCCCGUAUCAAUCAACCGUCCUAUAAAUACCUCCCCUAACUAACUAUCUCUCGUGACGAAAGUUCGCAUCCGGGCGUCCGGAGCGGGCUCGCCGCUCCGGACGCCCGUCUUCCUCAGCCGGCCUCGCCGGCCCUGGGCCCCUCUCUCCUAGUAAGUCCCAGCCUCCUCGCAUGUCCGAUUGGACUGUUGUUAAGCUGCAGCGGGUUUUUGAAGGACCGCGGCGUCCCUUUCCCCCGUUCUGCUCCAAAAGCGGAACUUUUCACUGAACCUCUGAACAGCGCACAUGAGCCGCACCGGCGUCGCGGCCUGAUGACGUCACCCGCUCAACUCGCCGCCGCUGCAGCUCUCGCGCCCCUGGCGCGGCACCAACUUCGCCUCAGCGCCUCGUCUCUCGUCUCUCUCGUUUCUCUUCCCCUCAGUCGUCCAACUCCCCCUCCCUCUGUCGUCCAACUCCCCCUCCCUCUGUCGUCCAACUCCCCCUCCCUCAGUCGUCCAACUCCCCCUCCCUCAGUCGUCCAAAUCCCCUCCCUCAGUCGUCCAAACCCCCUCGCCGCUGCUGCAGCUCUCGCACCCCUGGCGCGGCACCAACUUCGCCUCAGCGCCUCGUUUCUCUCGUCUCUCUCGUUUCCCUCUUCCCCUCAGUCGUUCAAACCCCCUCUCUCAGUCAUCCUCCUUCUCCAUUUCUGCGUUCCUCCUGCUGUUCUCCAACAGUGUUGCCAACUUGCUAACUUAGUUUUUGUUUGUUAUUGAGAGUUUAAAUGAACACACAUGCUCUUCAGUUUCUCCUCAGCGAGCAGCAGGUGCUGCCGCGAGCCCCGCCCACGACACUCACAGCGCAGUCUCAGUCAGACCACACACUCACACCGCUCUUCAAACACGCUGCAACGAACUGCGCAUACCUAAAGCCGCCGCUGACUGUCAAAAAAAAAAAAAAAAAAAAAAAAAAACUUAAUCAUGUAAUUUACGUUAAAAUGGAGUUAUUUUCAGAAGUCUCUGCCUAUUUAUAAAAGCAACAGACGUAGUCCAUUUGUUAGAGUUCAUUUGUAACAUUUCUAACAUUUAAGGGGUUUUAAUCACAAAUUGCAGCCAAUGGCUACUUUCCUUACUGAGCAGUUGGCAACACUAUUCUCCAACCCGUCCCUUCCAGCCAGCCUUUCUCCUUCCUUUACUCCGUCAAUUCUCUCCCCGCCUCCUCUCUCGCCGUUUCUCACCGGGCUGCAGCACCCGCUCAGCUCCUUGCUGGAGCUUCAUGACCUUCAUUCUCCAUCUACAGCGCCGCCCCCUCUCAGCUCGCGCUGCGGUUCAUCUCCAACACUGGAACCCUGCUACAUUCCAAGACGCCCCGGAUCUGGAACUUCAUUGACGUGUGUUUGCGGGACGAAGCUCCCCAUCCCGCGAUGGGCCUGGCUGUCUAAGGCUGACGUGCUUUCGGCUUUCAAAAUUCUCCCUCUCCAUCCUGACUCCUGGCGCCUUUUCAGAGUCCGUUUUUCAGUUCACCUUGCUUUCGGGUGCAAAGUAACCCCAAGCUUCGACUCCUUUGCUAAGGCGCUCUGCUGGAUUUGCUUAACACGGGCCCCAGUUCGUGCUCCACCUCCUGGGUAACUUCGUCAUCGGUCCUCCUUCCUCGCCCCUCUCGAUGGGUCUUGAAGCCAUGACCAGCGCUUUCACUCGCCUCCGUGCCCCGCCGUCGGAGAACUCCGUUGGUCCCUCCACAUCUCUCGAGUUUCUUGGGAUCUUUCUGGACUCCGCCUCCUUUCAAGUCUCCCCGCCCGUACCUAGCACCGUCUUUCCCACCGUUCUUUCAUUUCCCGCCUCCUCCGCUUGGCUUUUUCGUCCGAGCCCUCCACCAUUCGUUAUGCUCAACUGAUACUGCACGUCAGAGCUCCAUUUCUGGCUGUGCCUCCUCUGCAAUCGAACGGGUUUUUCUUCUACGCCAACGCAGCUUCCAGCUCUUUUGAUAUUAAGCUAUUCACAGAUGCCGCUCCUUCCUCUGGUCGCUUCUGCUUGGCCGGAGAACUUCAUCUGCUCCGCCGCGCGAUUCUUCUGCGCUCUCUGGACUUAUAUGCGGUCCUCGUCCCUGCCCUCCUUUGGGGACAUGAAUGGUCAAAAUCUAUUCUACUCCACUCUGAUCAAUCUCGCCGCAGUCCACAUCAAUAAAAGUUGCUCCAAAUCGCUAGAAAUCUUGCCUUUUAUCCGUCGUCUCACUUGGCACUCCAUUAAGCAUCAGUUCACCACUAAAGCUGUUCACACCUCAGGUCCAUUUAAUUCUAUCGCUGAUAGAAUUUAAUUCUAUUCUUUUUCGUUUUCAGUUACAGAAAUUCAGAUCCUUGGCUCCGCAUGCAAAUGCAACCCAACCUCGGUACCUUCAUUUUCACAAACUACACUUCACCUAACCCCCGUGUAAACGAACUGAUCUUCCAAGCUCAACAAACCAUCCUUUCAGCCGUCCUUCUACUUAGAUUCCUCAGAUGCUCAGAAUUUACUUCCCUUAAAAUCUCCCACAACUCCUUCUCAGCCCCUAAUUUCAGAUCUCAUCAUCCUUGACUCAGAUACCCUUACCUUCAAGAAUGAAGCAAACGGACCAAAUUGGCAAAAACCACGAUCCUCUAUCUAUUCAAACUUGACUCACCCCUCAGCCCGUACGAACCACUCGUCCACCACUUAAUCUCCGCCUCUUUCAACAAGCAUCACCUUUAGAUCCUCUGUUCACAACGGAAUCUAGUAGUAUAAUCUCAAAGCACUGGUUCCAACACAUCUCCGUCGCAUCCUUUCUCCCAGUAGUUACUCACCAGAUCAAUUCUCCGCCCACUCAGUUUACAUCGUGCAGCAUCCAACUCCUCCAGACAAGGAAUCUCCGAGCUCACGACCAAUCAACCGUCCUAUAAAUACCUCCCCUAACUAACUAUCUCUCGUGACGAAAGUUCGCAACCCACCUAGCCUGUACCUCACACAUACACUGUCCCACUUCUGGACAAUGUAGUGAAGGACGAUCCUUCUGAUCUCAAAUUGUCAUUUAUCUUUGUGACGAGGAGUUUCUGUACUGCAGCUCUACUCAUUUGCACAUUUCUUUUACAUCCCUCUUUCAAAGACACUCUUUUCAUAUCCACCUCCCUCUUAAUUUCAAUACAUCUUUAUCCAAAAUUAUGUAUAGUAGUAUGAUAGGAUGUCACAAAGCUUUCACAUAUUUAUUAUGUAUCUAAAAAACAAUUAUUGAGGCUUUUUCUUUAAUUUGUCGGAUGUGUUUAUUUAUGUGUACAUGAGUAAGAAGAAGUUGAUGGUUGCAAUGUAAUGAAACUUUGCUAAAAAAAAAAAGCUGGCAUCCCAGCUGUUCCCAUUAAUCUUUGAUUGGUGAUAAAUCUGACAAGUAAGCAGGCCAAGGAAAUUACUGACCAUCUUUAUCCAUCUUAAUCCAAAACAGAACCUGGAUUUGUUGAGUUAGUCCAGGUUUUUCUUAUGUGACGAAUGGGAACGAAUGGGAAAUCAUUCCUACAUCCUGGGAAAAUAUAUAAAACUGGAAUAGAAUGAAAUGAAAUUGACUAACUGGAACAUUAAAGGGGCUGAACUGCAUUGCUGAUUAAAUAUUAUUUGAAUUAAAAAAAAUUAUAUAUAUGUGCAUAAAAUCCAAUUAAAUAAACACUAUCAGAAUGAAUUGUAUUUUACAUUGUACAUUACGGAAAGUGCAGCUGUCUGUUAUUCAUUUGUAAUUUUGUGGAAUGAUGCAAUAUUUUUCCAUAGCUGGUACAUGUUUUUUUUUUAUCAUCUUUUCUGUAGGUCUGUAGUAUUUUACAUUUGUUGUAUGUUUGCUGUCGCAGUCAUAUCAGUGUAAUGUCAAUGGACUAGGCUGUAAUAAAUGACAAUAUUACUUCAUAACUA